CUGACGGCAACGCGAGUCAUUCCAUUAAACAAAUUCCUAGUCCAAGGCUUGUAGAAGUUUAAACUCCAGAAACAUAUACGCAACUUCAUAACCAAAUCUGCAAUUCACUUUCCCUGUGUUUGGGAGAGUGAGGGUACGUCUGCAUUGGGGUCUGUUCGUCCAGUGAUGGAACUGCAGAAUUCUGGUUGAAAAAAAAGCAACUUCAUAAAGUAUUUAGAUUCCCUUCGUGAAAACUCCUCCACCAUGGAAAAUAACAAGACAAUCAUCAACCUAGCAGAUGAAAGCAUUGUGAGCAAUGAGCUUUCCACAACCAUCGGCACCCUAAUCCUGACUCUGGUUUUCCUGAUCGGAGUUCCGGGGAAUCUUUUCAUAAUCUGGAGUAUUUUAUUCCGGACCCGGAAGCGCUCUGUCACCUGCCUCCUGAUUCUUAACCUCGCGCUGGCAGACGGGACUCUGAUGCUCCUGACUCCAUUCUUCAUCGUGUACUUGGCGUUGCAAGACUGGGUUUUUGGGAUAGUCCUGUGCAAGAUCUUGUUCUACCUCUGCUGUAUGAAUAUGUACGCCAGCAUCUUUCUCAUUACGCUCAUGAGCCUUGAUCGCUUGGUGGCCGUGGCUUGGCCCCGUAAAAUGGCAAUUUUACGGAAGAAAGGGUUGGUGAUCAAGGUCUUGGUCACACUGUGGAUGAUGACUUUGGCAUUUGCGGUUCCUGCGGUCGUGUAUCGAUACAUAAGGACCGAUGCAAGGGAGAACCGAACUGUCUGCAUGCCUUUCCACAAGAGCAGGGGUCACCAGGUAUUCCAGUAUGGGUUUGAGACGUUCAUCGGGUUUGUGGUCCCGUUCUCUGUAAUUUUGGGGAGUUAUGGGUAUAUCUUGCGCCGUUUACGGAGCUCCAAGUUCCAAAGGCGCAUCCGCAGUGAGAAGCUGAUCCUGGCGAUCAUCGUGAUGUUUGGAGUCCUGUGGCUGCCCUACCAUGUGGUCAAUAUCAUUCAGGUGGUGGCUGCCCUCUCCUCGAAGGAUCUGGAGAGUCGGCUGGACCAUGUGUGGAAGAGCUGCCGUGCCGUGGCCUCUGCCCUGGCCUUUAUCAGCAGCUGUGUGAACCCUGUGCUGUACACCUUCGCAGGGAAGGGCUACAUGAAGACCGCUGGCUUCAACUUCAUGGCUAGGCUCUUCGAAAGCACGGCUUCGGACUCAGCCAGCAGGAAAUCACGUCGAGCCAAGCCCAGCAAAGAACGCACCUGCCUGGAGUCUAUGGAGCUUCAGAGAAGCAAGGAUACCUCCACUGAUGGAUGAAACAGUGCAGAUGAGCACUAACCAAGCCUAGAGAUCUCUAACUAACUUUAUUGGUGUUAUUCCUAGACCUCUUUUUAUUGUGUUGUUUUUUGGUGAGUUUUGAAGAGUUUAGGGCUGUGCUGUUUUACAGAAUUCUCUUUACCAUGUUUUAAGUUGGGUUUGAAAAGAUUUCAAAGAAAGCUAGUAGUCAGAAUGCAGCAUGUGUCUUAGUCUAGCUAUUUAUUCAGCUGUUUUUAUUUGUUAGAGAUUUAUUUUGGUUAUCAGACAGCUCUUACAGAACAAAGUGAUCUUCAGUGGAUCUUUACUGUGCAGAGAGAGAAGCAAAGACAUUCAUUAUUAUGUAGUGUUCAGUUUGAAACUAUAAUAUAAUAUAUUCUUGGUGUUGUGUUAGUUUAUUCCAUUCUCCCAGAGAUUAGUUUCAUUAAAGCUACACAGACAGACAGAGCCCCACAUUCCUGUUCAGUUUGACACUACAAUACAAUUAAAAUAAGAAUAUAACAAGAUGCAUGUGUUGAAGCAAAUAUGUUUCUCACAACAACAAACAUAUGGAGAGACAGCUCCAUUAACUGCAAAUGCAAGCUUACAAUGGUAAGAGACAAGGCUCUAGUAGACACAGGAACAUUAUAUUGUUUUGGAUGUGGACCCAAAACACACAUUUUGCAUUGCCAUUUUGCACUUUUAGCAUGGUUAAUUGUGUUUUUUUUUUUUUUUUUUUAUUUUUUUUUAUUUAGUCGUUGCCAAUUAUUUUUAUUAUUUUUUCCCAAUUUGGAAUCGCCAAUUAUUUUAUUAUGCUCAGCUCACCACUACCACCCCUGCGCUGACUCGGGAGGGCGAAGACGAACACACGCUGUCCUCCGAAGCGUGUGCCAUCAGCCGACCGCUUUUUUACACCCUGCGGACUCACCAUGCAGCCACCCAAAAGCUACAGCGUCGGAGGACAACGCAGCUCUCGGGCAGCUUACAGGCAAGCCCACAGGCGCCCGGCCAGACUACAGGGGUCGCUGGUGCGUGGUGACCCGAGGACACCCUGGCCAACCUAACCCUCCCUCCCCCCGGGCGGCGCUCGGCCAAUUGAGCGCUGCCCCCUGGAACCUCCCGUCCUCGGUCGGCAAAGGAAUAGCCUGGACUCGAACUCACGACGUCCAGACUAUAGGGCGCAUCCUGCACUCCACAUGGAGCGCCUUUACUGGAUGCACCACUCUGGAGCCCCCCAGCAUGGUUAAUUGUUUGCCAUGCUUUUUAAUAUGCUUUAAUAUCUCUCUCUGUGCUUUACAAUGCGUACCUAUGCUUGCACUGUGCUUUAUUACACUUUGCUGUGCUUUUACUGUAAGGAACUUUUAUAAGGGUUAGUUUAACAUGGUUUGUUUCGUAAUAUGCUUUACCAUACCUUUACAAUGCUUACCUAUGCUUUACUAUGCCUUCACUCUGCUUUAUUACAGGUUGCUGUGCUUUUAGUGUGGGAAACUUGUAUAAGGGGGAAACCUGCAGUCUACAAAAUGAAACAGAAUAGAUAAUAAUCAUACGUCCAUCCAUUUUUUUAAUUCACUUUUGUGUUUCAUUUGUUUUUGUGGCAGGGCACAGGCCCUGUACAUGUAAAAAUGUAAAUAUUGAGUUUGUGUGUUUUUAGUUUUUAAGUAAAGUCUUUAUAAAGUUUGAAAACUUGACAGAAAAUAUUGAGAAAAUAGGAAUUGCUUAUGAUAUUUAAAUUAAAGGCAUAAAGAAUACACACAGCAAUGUUUCUGCACAGCUUGAGUUUACCUGUUAGCAAGCUUCUUGUACUUCGCUGGUUCCCGGCAUCUCACUGGUUAAUUGUGAAUAUAAUACUGCAAGCGGAAGCUAGAGAAUGGAUCAUAGAAAUCCCAGACAGCUAAUUGCAGCCUGCCUGGGAAUUACUAAAAGCAUGACUUAGAAGUUUGGGUUGUCAUUUUAGAAAAAAAAGAAAAAACUACAGUAAAUCCACUUGCUUGCAAUGCGUGUGUGUGACUGGAUAAGCAACUGGAUUCUUGAUGGAUUUACUGUGCCAUCUUUGUCUCCCUCAAUCUGACCUACCAGUGUACCUGUCUGUGAACCAAAUUUGUGGAAGGUAAAUUUAUAUAAGAAACACAAUAUUCUGUGUUUGGAGAGUCGGGAUGCUUUAUAUUUCUAUAGCAAGGUGAUCGAUAAGGAAUACAAUAUUUCUUUAUUUGCAUUAGUGCAGUAUCGGUACAGUCUUUACAAUUUUUAAAAAAUAUAUAUGGUAUUUAUUAUUAUUUGUUUAUUUAGCAGAUGCCUUUAUCCAAGGCGACUUACAGAGACUCGGGUGUGUGAACUAUGCAUCAGCUGCGGAGUCACUUACAAUUACAUCUCACCCGAAAGACGGAGCACAAGGAGGUUAAGUGACUUGCUCAGGGUCACACAAUGAGUCAGCGGCUGAGGUGGGAUUUGAACCGGGGACCUCCUGGUUACAAGCCCUUUUCUUUAACCACUGGACCACACAGCCUCCUGUAUGUGCAUGCAGGCCUUUAAUUAAGUAUAUUCCAUCUGCAGGGUUGGAAUUAAACACAAAGUUCUGUUUCUGUGGUUUUUUGUUCAAAGCCAUAUUGUUUGUAGUCAAAAAAGCAAAUGAGAAAACAUGUUGUUUAUGUUUUUAUUGUAAGAUCAAGUUUUUGUACAGUAGUUCAGUAAUAUUAGAGUUAAAAUGCAAGGCUGUAGUUAAUGCAUACUCCCAUAAGUUAGCACAGUAUGUACAGUAUUUAUUCAAAAGGACUCAUGACUUUAAGGUAAUGUUGCAUUUUACUCACAUGGUGUCUGAUUGGUGAUUAAAUUAUUCAAUGACCAAACCCUUUUCUGGAGUGCUGGCCACCUCUCUUAGAGGAGCCUGUUUCUGAGCUGUGAGGCUCAGUUAGAAUCACAGACCAGAGCAGCAUGCUCUUCUCUGACAGUACCUGCGCUCUCAUUCCCUUCUCCUGGGCGAUCCAUUUUGAUUUACUUUUAAUUUGUUUGUUUAAAUCUUUUGGUUCUUUUUAGUUGUGAAAUAAAAGUGCGCUGACAAGUGCUUUGAAACAGAUCUCUGUCUCCUGUGUCUGCUCUUCAUGCCACUAGCCAGCCUUGCCCGCAAAGCUACUCCUUCACCGGUUUGAAUAUUGUGUUGUUGUUUUUUAAAUAGUAUUGAUUGCACUGACUUUCCUUAUAAACUACAGCACUGGAAACAUCUCUGUUUACCACAAGACCAGUGAGGUAACACUAUAGAGUAUUAGACACUAUAGACUGAUUCACCUGCCAUAGCACUGUCAAUAGGGUGCACCAUGGAACCGAUGCACCUGCCACAGUACUGUCAAUAGGGUGUACACCAUGGGACUGCUUCACCUGCUACACACUGUCUAUAGAGUGUACCCCAUGGGACUGCUUCACCUGCCACAGCACUGUCAAUAGGGUGUACACCAUGGGACCGAUUUACCUGCCACAGCACUGUCAAUAGAGUGUAAACCAUGGGAUCUAUUCAUCUGCCACAGUACUGUCAAUAGGGUGCACCAUGGGGCGGAUUCACCUGCCACAGCACUGUCAAUAGGGUGUACACCAUGGGGCUGAUUCACCUGCCACAGCACUGUCAAUAGGGUGUACACUAUGGGACUGCUUCAGCUGCCACAGCACUGUCAAUAGGGUGUACCCCAUGGGACUGAUUCACCUGUCAUAGCACUGUCAAUAGGGUGUACCCCAUGGGACUGAUUCACCUGCCACAGCGCUGUCAAUAAGGUGUGCACCAUAGGACUGAGUCACCUGUCACAUCACUGUCAAUAGGGUGUACACCAUAGGACUGAUUCACCUGCCAUAGCACUGUCAAUGGCACACCAUGGGACUGACUCACCUGCCACAGCACUGUCAAUAGUUCACCAUGGGACUGAUUCACCUGCCAUAGUAUUGUCAUUCGAGUACUAUGUAGCUAAUUGAAGUGACAAUGACUAGGA